AUGCCUAGUUUUGUACCAAAGAAGCGAGUCACUGACCCGUUCGACGACGACGCCCGAGCUCGACUCGUCGGCGCCCAUCACCGUCAACUCAACUACGGAACCCCAGAUUUCGGCGACGGGGACUCCCUUUCCCUCUCUUAUCUCGUCCAUGGUUUCCUCGAAGAAGAGACCAAUUGUAGUGGCGAUGACUCGGUAGCUAACGAGUUGGACUGGGACCGAGUCGACUCGGUAGACGACUGUGUUGACUCGGUCCACGACUCGCUGAGAGUCGCGCUUGCGAACAAUAUGGAUCCUUAUAGGAACACGCUUCUCCCGCACGUUUCUGAGGCUGCGGAGAAAUUCGCGUUUCUGAGGGAGCGAAACGUUUCGGCUUUCCGACGAAGCGUGGUGGCGUUUCUCCGAGAGAGAGGACACGACGCGGCGGUGUGCGCGACCGUGUGGGACUCCUCCAGCGGUGUCGCCGCCGGGAGCCACGAGUUCGUCGACGUGGUUCAAUCGGGAGCGUCCACGCGGCGGUACAUCGUGGACCUCGAUUUCCGCACGCAGUUCGAGAUUGCGCGGGCGACGCAGCGGUUCUGGGCGGUGCUGAGCUCCGUUCCCCGCGAGUUCGUUGGAGAAGCGGAGGAGCUGAAACGAGCCGUUUCGAUCGUGUGCGACGCGGUGAGAAAGUGUUUCAGUGAUAGAGGGCUUUCGGUUCCACCGUGGAGGAAAAACCGGUUUAUGCAGAACAAGUGGUUCGGGCCGGGUCGCCGAACCGCGAACCCUGUUCUGAAGGCUGUAACUGCUGUAAACAGCGUUAAUUGCAGGUUGGUGGGGUUCAACGAUGCCAGACGCGGCAGUGGCGUAGUUGUUCGAACCAGAGGAUAA